CGCCACCUUGUGUUAUUACACUAUCUACAAGUUCUAUAAUAUCUGACUUAUCCACGGCAGGAUGGUACCCGAUUUCGGUAACUUUAUGAUUACUGGAAACCAGCGCACACCGGAAAGUAAAUGGAGCAUAUUACGUACAGUUGAUGUAAUUUAUUCAGAAUUCGGAAAACAUUGACAAGACGAGUCGAAGCGAAGACGUUGAAUUCCAGUACUCUUAAGACGGCUUUGGAAAGGGCCUGAAGAAGAAGAAGAAGCAGAAGGAAAAAAAAUUCUAGUGACUGGUUAUGUAGCUGGCUGCGUACAGACAAGGUGUGUGUGUGAGUGACGCGUACGCGGUCAAAUCCCUCCUCAUUAUUACAUCGUAUCAUCACGGCCGGGCUGACUCAGUCCAGCUUUUAUAGCUCAGUUGGGAGCGGCGGUCGUUGAAGGGUGUUGGCUGGGCCGGACACUACGUGCAGGACGGAAGGGAAAGAGAAAGACUGUGAGGCUAGUGCAAGGAGCGUCUUGUUGAAAUUUCAAGAUGGCUGAGACAUUGAGAAUUUCCAGAUAUGAUGACCAUCAGAUCCAACAGAUUCACAAAAUGAGCACAAAGCAGGCGAUGACAUCCCUAAUCAACCCAUCUUAUGACAGCAACGCCAUCACACCAUCCGAUCAAGUCAAUGCAAACACCACCACCGAUCCGACCUUGUCCAACAAGCUCAGCGAGGCCCUGGAAAAUGACCUCAAAUCCCUGAGCCGCAAGCUGGACGAGCCUUCCCUCAAGGACUCCAACUUCACCUUUGAGUUUGACAACGGCGGCGGCUCCAAGCGCAACUCGGGCUCGGGCAAGAGCAGGACCAAGUACGCCUCCACAGACCUCUCCGAGAUGGGGAUAGGUAACCCCCUGGAAGCCCUGAUGGAUAGCGAUGGUGAGAUGGAAGGACGACUGACCGUCGCUGACGACAACAUCCUGCGGGAAAGAAAUAAGAAGAAAGCCGAGGCCAUGUUCGCCGACAUUGAUUUUAUCGAUGAUGGAGAGGAGGACGAUUAUGAAGACGAAGACGAAGAAGAAGAUGAAGAACAAGAGAUGAAGAGUGUGGAUGAGGCAGCUAAAGACAGUGGACGUGAGAAGGACUCAAAGAGAAUGAAGAUCACGGACAAAAAUGAGGAUGUUGAAGACCGAGAAGAGCCUAAAGACCCGGAUGCAGACAUAGUCUCACCUGAUGAAGAGGUCCGGGCAUCUCAGUUGGGCGGCUUCCUCCGUUACUACGCAAACUUGGAAUCCAUCGCCAAAGGUCGCAUGGAAAAUCCAGACGACGAGAUCACCUCUAUCAACGGAAGUAUCAGUGACUCAGACGACGACAGCGAAAUCAGAGAAGGAUUAUAUGAACCGCCACAGCAUGCCACCCCUUACGAUUCUGGUCCCUCAACCAUGGAGGAUGAUAGCACCGACUGCGAAUCCACCUACGAAAUGCUGUACAACAGUUUCGGACUGCGUGUGCAGGAAGAAGGCUUCUCCAAAGAACUCCUUUCCCCGUCAAACGGCCAACACGAUCACGGCUACGUCAGUGAAACUUCGGUUGACGACAAAGCAUCUCCCAUCAAGCGACCCGGCGUACUCCUCCGCGAGGGUAGUAAACCCUCUCUCAGCACCCUGAUUGAGGAUUCCCGGAGCGGGGAGAAGACCUCCCAAGAUGAUGAAGCUGAAUCGGGCGUUGAGGUCACUCCUGAACCCAAGACCAACAAAGACCCACUCAAGAAGAGCACCUUGCAGAAGCCCACGUCUCUCCCACCAGGAUGGAAGGAGGUUGCCGAUAUGAGAGGGACCUACUACUGGCAUGUCCCUAGCGGAACUACACAGUGGAACCCACCAUCACCAAUGUCUGGUGGGGAAUCGUCGACAAGUCCACCUAGAAAACCUGCACGGUCGCUGGAAAGAUUGAACACAGAAUCAGGAGGCCAAGACGGUAGCGAUGGAGACCACAGUUUGAAAGAUUUCCAACAGUCCACGAUACGCUACGCCAACCUGAAGCUGGGCCCCAUCGGGAAAGACCCUGAACCACCUGCAUCCAAAGAGAAAAGCCCUCGGGGUAUCCGUUUCCAUGUGCGCUCCCUGGGAUGGGUGGAGAUGGAGGAUUCGGACCUAUCGCCAGGCAAGAGCAGCUUGGCUGUCAACAACUGCAUCCGGCAACUUUCCUACCGAAAGAACGACAUCCGGGACACAGCUGGCAUAUGGGGAGAGGGCAAAGACAUGUACAUGGUUCUUGAGGAUGAAUAUCUGAAGCUGACGGACCCCAACGACGGCACGAUACUUAAUUCCCAGCAUGUCUGCAGCAUCCGCGUCUGGGGAGUGGGACGCGAUAAUGGAAGAGAAAGGGACUUUGCGUAUGUAGCUCGGGACAAGGUCACCAAGCGCUACAAAUGCCACGUGUUCCGCUGUGACAUUCCGGCCAAGGCCAUCGCCAACGCGCUGCACGAAAUCUGCGCCCGGGUCAUGAGCGAACGGCAAAAGGGUCACACCAUCUCCAUGGUAACACAGGGUCAGAUGAUCCAGCAGCAGCAACAGCAGCAGCUUAUGCAAAUGAGGAGCAUCUCAUUGGACAGUAACAAGGAAGGCAUUCCCACAAGCGUUGAUUUCCCUACUCCCAAGGCAGAGCCUAUCACAGUAUUCCGAGCUCACUACGUGGGCUCAACAAUGGUUGAAAAGAAUGGAGGUAUGGAGGUUCUGAAUAAUGCAAUUACCAAAGUAUGCGGGGAGAUACCAGAGGACCAGUGGUCACCAUCGAGAAUUGAAGUUGCCGUUUCCACAGUCACCGUCACCAACAUCAAGACCAAAGAAGUCAUCACGGAGAGCAGAAUACGAUUCCUAUCAUUCCUGGGCAUUGGAAAUGACAUCAGACAAUUUGCGUACAUCAUGUGCGUGGGCAAGCAGAAGUUCCAGUGCCACGUCUACAGCUGCGAACAUUCGGCGGGAGGACUGGCCAAGUCUAUUGAGGCUGCUUGCAAGCUGAGAUACCAGAAGUGCCUGGACAAUCGGCCCAAGGGUCAGCAUCUCAUGUCUGAGAAUUCCUUCGACGGAAGGACCUGGGGAUGUGCCCUGAAGAACGGCGUACAAAACCUCUUCAGCAAGUUCAGCCGGCGCGGCCACAAAGAGGCCCCCAUCAGUGCAGUAUAAAGGUCACAGGUCACGCAGGUCAAAGGUGAAAGGUCAAGCCUGCUCGCAGACUUGACGUCUACGCAAGAAAAAAUGUGUUGAUUGUUUUCUUGUUCGCCAGCAAAUGCUGACCUGAUGUUUUGUAUUUGGAGAUGGAAAGAACUUUUAUGGAAAAGAAAAGUACCUAUAAUUUAAGUCAUAUCACGUCAACUGUUACAGACUUCUCAAAUAUUUCUGACUAUGAAAUAAUUGCCACUCUUGCAUAUCAAAAAGUGAUUGGCAUUAUUAAGCUAGGAAAAUCUUGUCAGCUGUGUACUGUAUGCAAGAAAGUAACGCUGCUGAAAAAGAAGUUAUUUAAGGAUGGUGCGUAAUAUGCUGCUCAUGUGUGCUGAACCUAAGUGGGAAAGCAAAUUGUCGUGUUUGCGUGUACAUGUUCUGCGAUGGAUGAUGGUGAUUUAUUUAUUGAGAAAAAAAUUGUGGUCGAAACCACUGAUAUUUACGUAUGUGUGUAAAUCCGAUUCUAACAAAGUUAAACUUGUUGAUAAUGGGGAAAAUGUCAUAUCUGCGUUGUCAGUUUUUAUAAACUGGCCAAAAUUCACAGCUUGAGGGCACCUGAGCAAGGUGGCCAUAUUGUUCAUCAAGUUUUCCUGGGGACAUAUCAAUAUCUCUCAAAGCCAAAGCUGUGCAAUAUGUAAAAUAUGUCGAUUACGAGAGAUGGUUUUAAUAGCAUAUCAAUACUUGUCUGACACACAGCUGCUGCAUUCAUUAUUUGUGAUCGGGCAAAAUCUUCCCUUAGGCAGAUGAAAGCAAAAAGCUGGUUUUCACUGACGUAAGAAAAACAACUCAUUCUGCAAUCUGUAUUCAAAGCCUGUCAAUGUUUUCUUGAUUUUCUCCAGAUUUCUGAAAAACAACGAAAAACACCUGUCGCAGUUAAUGUUGUAUUUGUGUAAGGAUAUACCUUCAAGCUAUUAAAAAAAAACACUCGGCAUCUGAAAUCAAGAUCGUAGAGUGCAGAAAUUAACAUUGCAGACUGCAGAAAAGUAUUCGACAAGUUGAAUGGAAAGCAAAAACAGAUAAUUAUUUACAAAUUAUUUUAUUUUACAGAAAUUUGAGGUGACUAAGGUCCACAUCAUGUGCAAAAAUCUCAUUUGAUGACUGUAAGAAAUAUAAUGUAUGUUUUGAAGAAAAAUGUUUCUGUUAAUUCAGAUUUAGAAGAGUUUAUAUACCAAAUGGACAUGGCAAAUAAAGAUACUCGUUCAAAGGAUAUUCCUAAAAAAGUAUUCAUAAUUAGCUGGGGAUACUACCCAACAGUACACUGAUACUUGUAAGAUAUUCUGGAGUGUGUAGAUAACGUGAUAUUUAUUUCAUUCAUUUAUUCAAUUCACAAUAAUUAGACAAUUUUUGGAUCUUAUAGGUUCAAAUUGUGUGAAAAAUGUAUACAGAGGAAGUGGUGUGUAUGAGUGCGUGCCAGUGGCACAUGUGAAAUUUUUGUCAUUGUAUUCUCAAAGUGUAUGUAAUUAUCGGUACCAUAAAAAAACCAAGCAGCUUAAAUUUAGUCUGAAUUACUGUAGCAAGCUUUGUGGUCCUUGAUCGAUGGUUAAAAGUAGAAUACUCAAGUGUACACAUACAAAGAAAAAAUAUCUUAAUUAGCAAGUAGAACAAAUGUUGGAUUAUACAGUGUAGUGUACAUAAAGUGAACGUUACGCAGCAAGUGUGUAAUUGCCAUUGGAAAUAUUUCCUUUCACGUCAUUUGUCUGCAAUAUGUUUUGAAGAGUUUUUUUUUUUAAUGGAUUGGGGCUAGUCGAGGUCAUGUGAUUGCAUUGAAGUCAGUGAUUGGUCAGUGAGGUGUCAAAGGUCGCCGGCUUGCGGGCGCGCAUCCGGUCCAGUGGUUGUCCAUCUGCUUGUCCUUGAUUGAAGCUGGUUUGCAAUUCAUGUUUUGUGAUUUUGUCCCGAUUAUAGAUUUGUACAUCUGGAAAUUGGCUUGUGAGCCCCAAUUAUGGGGGAAGAUUUUGAACGAUCGUCAGAAAAAGAUACUGCACAAGAAAAUGAAAGGACUGUUACAAGUUUGAUGCUAAGAUUGCACAUUCCGAAUUUAAGGAUACUGCAAUUGAAGGAGACAGAAAAUAGUGAAAUCUCCUCUUUUUUUUGGUAAAGAAAGGAGCAAGUGAUCUCUAAACUAUCACAGAUCUGGAAAUGUACUGUUGGCGGAUAAAUGGAAGUUUCUAUUAAGAUGAGAUAUGUAAGAAACAUGGGGGAAAAAAGGAAGAUGUAACAAUGUUUGAAUGUUGGUUCUUCGUACUAAAAAAGGUUGAACUGAAAUUGGUCUAGAAAGUUGAUUGUUUUUUAUACCUAAACAGCUUUGGUUUUAAAGAAACUAAUGUCUUUGUUGAAAAAUGAUGUCAUUCCAAAUGAUAUUAAUACAUUUCAGCCGCAUGUUAUAAGGAGCAGUGUAUUUCUCAUAACUGUAGCUUAAGAACUUAAUCAAUAGUGUAAACGUGAAGGUAGUGCAAAAUCUAAACUAAGGGUAGCGUAAAUUCUAAGCAUGAGAAAAAGACUACCAUUUUAAUGACAUUAUUGUGUGGAGUGUAUAUUUCAGAACAACUUGGAAUUCGGGAGGUCACAAACAAUCUUAUCAAAAGAUGGGAGGGGUGACAUGUUUCGGUCAUUUAAUCUUUUUACAGGGAACCGGGAGCUCGUCAUUGGAUUUCUGUAGAAAAUAUUUGUGACAAAUGGUAAAAAGGGUGGACUUGCAAAAUGUGUAAUAAAAGUCAAAUUAAUGGUAACACUUUGAGCAUUUUGCACAAGCUUAAACGUACAUGUAGUUGCACAGCACAUUGCAUUGAAAUUAGGCCAUGAAUCUGGUGCAAAUAAUAUAUGUGGUCGUUAGUCUGAGAAACAUGAAUUGUCGAAUGUAGGCCUAGAAUAUACUCAAAAGUACAUUAAUCGUAAAAUACAGAAUUCUUGUACUUGUAACGUGACUGCAACUUUUUGCCUCUUUGUGUAUUCUUGAAUAUAAAUACAUGAUAAUGAAUAUAAGCUACAAUUCGUUAAACUGACUAAAAUGUGAUACUUGCUAGUUGGUCCAGUGCUAAUCCUGGUUAUAGUUGGAUUGUAGUUGUAGUUUUAGCCCUUAAUCUGGUUUAAAACUAGUUUAUAGUUUAGUUAUAACACUUUGGUGGAGAUGAGGGGAAAGUGAAGUUUUUUAAAUUAUUGGAACCAAAUUUUUACGCCAUUCUAAAAAGCAAUGAUUUAAGUAAUGUUAUUGACGUGAGUGUCUCCUUAUUUUGAGGACAUGUUAUUGGCAAAAGAACGUAUUCUUUUCUUGUACUUAUGAAUCAGAGAAUUAAGUUAGACAGAUAGAGAAAUUUACUUCUAAGGUGCAAUUUGAUAACCAGUUCCAUCCUCACUAGUUUAAAAUUACUUAAACCUAGUUUUAGUUAGAGACACAAUAUUUAUGAAGUUAGUGACUUAUGGAAAGAUGUACUUCAAAACGUCAGUACAAUUGUCAAUACAUUUCCUUUUUAUAUGAAUUUUUGCCAAAAACCUGAAAUUAUUUUUCAUUUUCUGGUUUUGUUUUGGAGUUUGUGGUUCACCCACCCUUGUCCGUGUUGUACAGCUUACGUUUAUUUAAAUAACAUAAAAAUAUGAAAAGUCUGUGUGUUAUAUGAUUAGUAUUUUUUGCACAAGUGUGACAUUGGUUGUUAUACCUCUAUAGGAAUGUGUAUGAUACUUUUUAAAUGAUUGUAAAUUGUUUUUAUGUACCACUGUAUAGAUUUCAACCUUGCCAAUUAUUUGUCACCAAAGCAUUAUGGGUAUUUUUCAGAGGAAGACUCCAUUGUUUUCGGGGGGUGUUCUAACAACUGCCAGCGCUUAUGCGAGAUUUCAUGAUCCUGCCUUUUGCUACUUGAUUUCAGGUGUUUACAGUCGCUGCUUUCCAAUCUGAUCCCUAACCUAAUUAGCAUAAUUCAAUCUAGUAUGCUAAUGAUGCAAUUUACAUAAAUUUACAUUUGGUGUACCACUCAUCCAAGUGAAUGCUGAUGAAGCCCAUUACCAUUGCAAUGGGAUCCUAAUCACGUUAAGAACAGGACGCAUGAGAUUUUUAACUCGCAGGAAUUACCGUAGUGGUUCAUCUGAUCACUUUAAUUUCACUAAAGAGAUCUGUUUUGCAUUCAAGGCAAUUCGACUGGAAAUGUGUACUUCUUGCAUGACCAGGGUACAAACAUGUAUGGAUAAAAAACAAAUUGCAUGGAGUUUUGUGUCAUAUUUCCUCAAUUAUUAUUUUUGUAUUCAUCAAUAUUUUCCAUUCACUUGUCACCAACCAGACAACUUUAAACUGUGUUAGCUUUUAAAUGAGCCAAAGUCAUAUAUGAAUCAGACAAAAUAUCUUCAUUGAAUUGAUAAUUGCAAUUAGGAAAGUGAAAAACAUAGUAAAAAUGGAAGUCUUCAAAAAUACCCAUAAUGCUUUUCAAGUCGUUUGAAAUGUGUCAGGUGCAGCAUUUAAAAAGAAGAGUUUUAAAGAUUUUUAUGUUUAUCACAAUUAUGGUUGUGAAAAAAAGGAGAUAUACAUAAUUGUUUUAUUUGUAGGUUUCAGCGCUGAUUGAGGUUUCAGAUUCUGUGUUGUCAUGACAACCCACACUCCCCAAUAUAUUUGACGCGUGUGUUUGUGUGUGAUUGGAAUUGUGCAGAAAUGUAUGGUCUAUUAUUGUACAGAAUAAAAAAAAAAAAAAUUAAAUUAAAAAAAAAUAAGAAUUAGUUUAUGCACUUCAUGGCUGAUUAUGUAAAGCGAAGUGAUCAUGAUAUUGUUAUUGAUAUUAUUGAAAGUAUUAUUGUGAUUAUUGAAACUUUAUUGGUAUGAUGAUAAUUUAUGGUAAUUAUUACGAUACCUUAUUGUUGUCAUUAUUAUAUUGUAAAAAGUAGAAAGCUUGCCAAUUUUAUUUUUCUUACGGUAUUUUGUGUACACAUUUCACAGCAGACUCUUUACCACAAAAUAUUUCUGCUGCAUAGUUUUUAUGUUGUGCGCGGGUUAUCAUGGAAUUCAGGGUCAGUAAUUUGAUUCUUACACGGCCUACAAUUAUGAAAUUUUUUCAGAUAAAAAGAUUUGGAAGUAUUGCAUAGUAAUUUCUUUUCAAUGUAAAUGAAAUUGUAAAAUCGUCAAACUUGAAAACUUUAUUACUUGGAGCCCUUAAUAACUGUAUGAAUUUCAACUUUCUGAAGUUGGUUUUACGGUCUGAAUAUCUUUCAAUAAUAAUUCUUCAUUUUUUUGUGAUAGAGGAAUCAAAUGCAAAACAGGAUGUUGUUGAUCCAAAACAUUAAUGACAGACUAAAUUAAGUCUUUGUUUUCAUCACCACCGAAAAUUGAUUUAUUUGCGUAACAUUUUGAAGAAUUUCCCCGAAGAUAAUUGGAGUCAUUAAGGUGCAUAGUCAUAGGUUCCCUUGUAAAUUGUAUUUGUAUUAAAAUCAUAAUGUAUUUUUUUUUCGUUUGUUGUUAAGGACAUUUUUUUUUUUUAUGAGAGGGAUUUGUUCCCACUUUUAGAGCGUUAUUUUUCUAUGAAUUAAGAGUCUGUUGUGAAAGAAAUCGUUG